AUGAAUGCAUUUUCAUAUAUUGUUGAAUUGAAUGAGGAUGAUUCAAAAUUGAAAAUUCUGGUCAAAGAUCUUAGCAAUAUUCAUGAUGUUAGUUCUCAGAAAUGGAUGGUAUUUAGCACUGAUGGAUCCAGAUUUGCCACUGGUGGUGAGGAUGGACAUCUUAGGAUACUUAAAUGGCCAAGCCAGAAUAUCCUCUUAGAUGAAAGUAGAGCACACAAGUCUUUUAGGGACAUGGACAUCAGCUUAGAUUCUGUUUUCCUGGCAACAACCAAUAUUAUGAAGAGAAGCAGAUAUACAGAUCACCUUUUGGGGAAGGAUCUUAUUGAGAAUCUCACUGUUAUGUGGUUCUCCAAUCUGGUUUUUGAACCGUUAUGGAGCCGUAAUGUGCAGGUAAUCUUAUCUGAUGAUACUCCUAUUGAAACCCGGGGAAGGUAUUCUAAUGGAUAUGGUAUAAUCCAAGACAUAGUUCACAGCCAUAUGCUUUAA